ACUUGAGGUCUACUGGUCUUGCAGGAGAGAUCGGUUAUGAAAUUUCCUCGAACUGUUUUAAAAAGGGUUCACAUGGGCAUGUUGAUUUGUUAGGCACGUUACAAUCCGUUGGCAUUGUUGGAUAUGUUAAACGAAUCGUGAACAGUCCAAAGUAG